GCACUUGCACACGAAACCGGACCGGAAGAGGGAGUGAUGUUGAGUUGUUCCCUCAAUGAAGAUCUUACUCUAGUAUGCUGUUUGUUUCGAUUGAAACUCAGCUCACUUGCCCAAUUCAAAAAGCUUUCCACCUUACGAUCUUCGGCAGCAACGACAUCCCUUUACAAUAACAACAGCAGAGUAGCAGAGCAGAACUGCUUAGCUUUACUAGAGAGCUGCAACUCACUCGCGAAACUCACCCAAAUUCACGCCCACCUGCUUAAAUCCGGUCUUCAAAAUAAUGCAUUCGUUCUGACUAAAUUCGCUUCAACGUCCUCCCAUCUCAACGUCAUCGAUUAUGCUGCAUCUAUCGCAUUCUCCCACCUUGACUCCAUUAGUACCCACCAUCUGUAUGACGCUUUUCUGUUCAAUACUGUUAUUCGAGCUUAUGCUCAAACCAGCCACGCCAAGCACAACGCAAUCUCUUCUUACAGUCUCAUGCUUCACCAUGCCAUCCCACCCAAUAAAUUUACCUUCCCUUUCCUCCUUAAGGCAUGUGCUGGCCUCCUUGACUUGAAUUUGGGUAAACAGGUUCAUGGGUCCGUUGCAAAAUUUGGGUUCGACACUGAUCUCUAUGUUCAGAAUACCAUGGUUCACAUGUAUGCUUGCUGUGUUGGGGGCAUCGAGUUUGCUCGCAAGGUAUUUGACGAAAUGCCCAAGACGAGCCAUGUUUCUUGGAGCGCGAUGAUUGGUGGGUAUGCUCGUUUGGGUCGGUCUAAUAACGCAAUUGGACUGUUCCGUAAAAUGCAAAUUGCUGGGGUUAAGCCCGACGAGGUUACCAUGGUUUCGGUUCUUUCAGCUUGUGUUGAUUUGGGUGCACUCGAGCUAGGGAAAUGGUUAGAGUUUUAUAUUGAAAGGGAGGGGGUCUUGAAGACGGUUGAGCUUUGUAAUGCCCUCAUUGACAUGUUUGCCAAGUGUGGUGAUGUUGAUGAAGCAAUGAGAGUGUUCCGGAAGAUGAAUGACAAAACUAUUGUUUCUUGGACUUCAGUGAUCGUAGGUCUGGCUAUGCAUGGUCGUGGCGUGGAAGCUGUUGCUUUCUUUGAGGAAAUGAAGAGAGCUGGAGUAGCUCCAGAUGAUGUUGCCUUCAUUGGGUUGCUUUCAGCCUGCAGCCAUGCUGGGUUGGUUGAAGAGGGUCAACGUUAUUUUAGCUCUAUGGCAAGUGAGUAUGCCAUUGUGCCCAAGAUAGAGCAUUAUGGGUGCAUGGUUGAUUUGCUUGGCAGAGCUGGGCUUGUCAAACAAGCAUUAGAGUUCAUUCAGGAGAUGCCAAUUGCGCCAAAUCCAGUAAUUUGGCGAACCUUGAUUCAUGCUUGCCGGGUCCAUGGUGAACUUGAGCUUAGUGAGACCAUCAGCAGACGACUUAUAGGAGAUGAACCCACUCAUGGGUCAAACUAUGUCUUGUUGUCGAACAUCUAUGCCAAAAUGUUCCGAUGGGAAAACAAAACAAAGAUUAGAGAAGUGAUGGAUAAGAGGGGGCUAAGGAAGGUCCCUGGUUGCAGCAUGAUCGAACUUAAUAGUGAGAUAUAUGAAUUUGUGGCAGGAGAUAAAACACAUAGUCAGUACAAAGAGAUCUAUGAGAUGCUGGAUGAGAUGGGGAGAAUGGUGAAGAGAGCUGGGUACAUUCCUGUAACAUCAGAUGUGUUACUGGAUAUUGACGAAGAAGAUAAGGAAGAUGCACUGAAUAGGCAUAGCGAGAAGCUUGCUAUUGCUUUUGCACUUCUUAAUACAUUGCCAGGGACACCAAUCCGUAUUGUCAAGAACUUGCGUGUGUGUGGUGAUUGUCACUCUGCUACUAAGUUCAUCUCCAAAGUUUAUAAUCGAGAAAUUGUGGUGAGGGACCGGAACCGAUUUCACCAUUUCAAAGAUGGGUCAUGUUCAUGUAAAGAUUUUUGGUGAGAAAACUUUUUCCAUUUGUAAUUGUUGUUUCAGCAACCCGGAAAACAGCAGAGUUCUAAUAUCUAUAAGAAAAAUAUACAAAAUGUUCAUGUAUCAGUAUUCAGUACUAUCGUAUAUCAAUGCAACCAUUCAACUGUUCUUUGGUUUGAAACUUCAUGGAAAGCUAGAGUACGGAAAACAAUCUGUUCUUUU